CUCAUACACAGGCCAUAUUUCCUCUUGCUGGUUGUCCUGUCCUCACUAUUCCUCUAUUAGCUUCUCUCUCUCUCUCUCUUUCUCUCAUUUCUUUUAUUCAACUAGCACUGGUCACACAAACCUGUUAGCAGUAAUAACAAUAAUAAUCAUCGUCUAAAUAUAUCUAUUUGCGAUUAUCCAUCCCUUCCCUUCCUUACUUCAUAGUUCAAUAACAGCAAGUUUUUUUUUUUUACUUCCUUCGCACUGUUUUCUUCUAAAUUUCUAUUUCUUUUUUUUUUUUAAACACUACCACUGCAACUACGCCCUCCUCCCCCUUAUCACCACCACUUCCAUCAUCACCAUCCUCACCCUGCCACCAUCACUUCCCAUCGUGGUGGGAUUACUCAUGCCUGUGUUUCUGGCUUCCUUGUUUAGUAUGGGCUGAAUUGGAGUGAAUAAGGAACACACCAUAAUGGACUGGUUAAAAGAUCAUGUACCUCUGUUAGCAAUCAAAGCAAGUGGAGGUCGAAACAACAAAACUUUCAAGCCAAAGAAGAACAUUCCAGAAGGUACACAUCAGUAUGAUUUGAUGAAACAUGCUGCUGCCACUUUAGGUAGUGGCAACUUGCGUAUGGCUGUGCUGCUACCUGAAGGGGAAGACCUUAAUGAAUGGGUUGCUGUCAAUACUGUUGAUUUCUUUAAUCAAAUUAACAUGCUAUAUGGAACAAUCACAGAAUUUUGCACGGAAGAGAGUUGUGCAGUAAUGUCCGCCGGGCCAAAAUACGAGUACCACUGGGCUGAUGGUCAGACUGUGAAAAAACCAAUCAAGUGCUCAGCCCCCAAAUAUAUUGAUUAUCUGAUGACCUGGGUACAAGACCAGUUAGAUGAUGAAACAUUAUUUCCAUCUAAAAUAGGUGUACCAUUCCCAAAGAAUUUUUUGUCAAUAGCAAAAACUAUUCUGAAACGCUUGUUCCGAGUGUAUGCACAUAUUUAUCACCAACAUUUCAGGGAAGUGGUGCAGCUGAGUGAAGAAGCCCACUUAAACACAUCGUUCAAGCACUUCAUAUUCUUUGUCCAGGAAUUUAACUUGAUAGACCGUCGUGAACUUGCUCCACUGCAGGAACUUAUAGACAAACUAACCAGUAAAGAAAGAUAAACGCCACUAAAAUGCAUGCAUACAAACACAAACAUAGACACUGGCACAAACACUUUUAACAUGUUGCUACACCCGUAAACCAAAACUUAUGCCAUUCUUUCCUCCAGAUUUUAAGCUGUGAGACUGAGCAAAAAAAAUAAAUUAGAGAACAUUUUUUUUUUCUUCUGGAGGUAACAGAUUUACUCAAACUGAAACAAAAAAAAAUUGCAGGCAAGGGAUUAUCAUGGGCAAGGGAUUAUUUUUAUUGCAUUCUUUAUAUACACUGCUGUUCCUGAAGAGGAAAGAAUGAAAUGGUAAUAGUGGUGCCAACAUAGGCCCCAAAAAAACACUGACAGAUUGUGACGGAACUCUGAUGCAUUCAGUGUAAUUCUUUGCUUAUGCUGUGUGCUAAAACUCGAGUUUUUUCUUUGUAAUACGCACAUAAACACUCACACACACACACACACACAUAUAUCCAUUUAGCUUUAAUCUCUCAAUAACAGACAUAGCCUGUAGUUUUUCUGCAAAUGUUUAUUUAUAUGCCUUUUAUUUUUUUUAUUAAGUGUAAAAUUCAUAAGAUUUUCAGCUUUCUGUUCUUUUUGUUUGAUCCAAGUUUUAGUUUUGUUUUCUAAAUUAUAAUACAUAUUUAAAAUUCUAAAUAGGAAAUUUUCUCCCGUUUACUUAACAUGUAUAUGUGUGGGUCUUGGUUUGAUUUUUUUCAUUCCUGUUUUGUUUUUUUAUUUUUUGGGGUUUUUAUGUUUUUAGAAACUUUCAAGACAUCUGAUCCAAUCUCAAUAUUUUUUUCAUCUUGAGUUUGUUUCGAGAUUUAUCAGCAACCAGAUAUAGAUUGCAAACUGUGAAAGCCAGUGUAGGUAUUAUAUAUAUAUAUAUAUAUAUAUAUAUAUAAUAUACACACACGCACACUAUUUUUUAUUUGUAGAUUAAUUAUUCUACCAAAGAUUUCAUGAAGAAAGUCUCAUCCAACAUGGAGACCAAUCACCAACAUUCUUAGGUCGACCAUUUGAAAAAUUGUAAAAUGCUUUACAUGAAACCAUUAGUAGAAUUGUUAAUCUUCAAAAAAGAAUAUUUAUCCACCAAAUUCAGUGUUCAUCACUGUCAUAUAUAUAUAUAUAUAUAUGUAUGUAUGUAUGUAUGUAUGUAUGUAUGUAUGUGUGUGUAAGAUUGUUUCUAUGUACAUGUCUAACAAGAGAAUGGUGAAGUUGUUUUAGUAUAUCAUUUCUCUUGUUUAUCAGCUUUUUUAUUUUUUUGUUUUGUUUUUUAUUUAUCAACUCAAAGAAUUAUAGAAUUCUCAUUCUAAAGCUUGGAAUCUAGAGUGAGUUUGCAUGCUUUGUCUACAAACUUCAGUUCUGCCCCCAAGCAAACCAACAGCUACUGUGAGAAAAUAAAAAUGAAUAAAUACAACAUACAUUUCUAAGAGAUCUAUGCUAACAUUUCAACAAAUUUACAAAAAAAAAGGCAAAAAAGAAAGAAAAAAGUUAGGGUUUCAAAGAGGAGUGUUGGACUUUUUUAAUUUUUUUUUUUUUUGAUGAGAUGGCAAAAAUAUUGUUUUCUAAAACAAAUAAUAAUAAUAAUAUACUAAAAUAAAACAAAAUAAAAACACAAUACAGGAAAA